CUGAAGGUGGCAGGCAAAUGCUUAGUGUAUGGGGCCCAUGACUAGUGCAUUGGAGUUCCUGUCCACCUGCAAAGUCGCAAACUUAACGGUGAAGGCAGAGCUAGGCUGCUGCUUGCUUCAUAGGAGUGGGAGGCUGAUAAUUGAUGGGUGUAUUCUUCAAUGCGAGUCCAACCCCUUAGAUUACCUUUCAUAUGCGAUCGUGAGCACAGCCAAUGGCCCUGAGGUCUUCCCAUCCUUGGUGAAUAAUGGUCGUGGCGAUGGCGUCUCCGUUUCUCGCACUCGUAUCGAAGGAGGUGCAAAGGCAGUUUCAACAAGUGGAACCCUGGCAGUGCAGCGAGUUCGAGUUAUUUAUGCUCGAACUUCUGUCUUUUUCUGGUUUGAUGUAGAGCAACAUUGAUCAUAGUAAUCUCCCUUGCUCUUCUGUAUUACUAUUAGCUGUUGUUAGUUGGACACUUAUUUUAUUUAUUUUAUUUUAUUUUUUUUGUGUGUUAAUUUCUUCUUUCUCUUUUUCAAUUUGAGGAUAGUGUGUUUCGUACUAUUUUUAAAGUUAAUGUGAAAUGAUAUGCUUCAUUGUGCUCUGUUUCCA